GAGAAAAAUCUUUGAGUUGCUCUCAGUGUGGAAAAUGUUUCACAGAUGAAAGCCAGCUUAAUGUGCACAUUAGAUUUCACAGUGGAGAGAGGCCUUACACUUGCCAUCAGUGUGGAAAAGGUUUCAAAGACAAAAGAAACCUUAAGAAGCACACAAGGAUUCAUAGUGGAGAGAAGCCUCACACGUGCCAUCUGUGUGAAAAGAGCUUCACUCGUAAAGAACAUCUUACAUUGCACACAAGAGUUCACACUGGAGAGAAGCCUUAUACGUGCCAACAGUGUGGAAAAGGUUUCAAACGUAAAGAUCACCUUAAUAUGCACACAAGAGUUCACACAGCAAAAAAGACUUACGACUGCCAACAGUGUGGAGAAUGUUUCAAACGUAAAAAACACUUUAAUCUGCACACAAGAAUUCACACAAAGAAGCCUUACACGUGCCAACUGUGUGGAAAAGGUUUCGUAUGUGAACGUAGUCUCGCAUAUCAUCUCCUCUGUCACUCUGGAGAAAGACCAUUUAAAUGCGAUAAAUGUGAUAAAACAUUUGUUUUGAAUUCAGGCCUGCAAAAACAUCUGAAAACUCACACAGAUGACAAGCCUUUCAAGUGUUCUUUUUGUGGAAAGAGUUUUGCAUGUCUGUCCUAUUUGAAAGACCACCAAAAAAUACAUAGUGGUUCUGGGGCUCACAUGUGCUCUGAAUGUGGGAGGACCUGCACUACAGCCGCUCACUUGAUUGAGCACCAAAGAAUCCAUACUGGAGAGAAACCUUUUAUGUGCUCGUACUGUGGAAAGACUUUCAUUAGAUCAGAACACCUGAAAAAACAUGAGAGAAUCCACACUGGAGAGAAACCUUACAAGUGCUCACACUGUGGAAAGAGUUUCACUCUGUCACAAAACAUGAAAGCACAUGAGAGAAUUCAUACUGGAGAGAAACCAUACCACUGCUCUUCAUGUGGAAAAGGUUUCAACCGAUCAGGUCAUCUACAGCAACAUGUAAAAAGCAAUUGCUCAAGUAUUCACAAUGAGCAAGAAUCAUCUUCAGGUCCAGCGAUGUCAAGAAAAUAGUUUGAAAUUCAGAUAAACCCAAAGAUGGAAUUUCCCCCAAAAUUUCAGCAUCAUAUAAAGGCUCGGGUAUACUUUGUUUUUCUGUGUUCCGGAUCGCCUCACACACGGUCGAGCCUUUCAAAGUAUACACUUCAAAGUUCAAAAAGACUCUAAAUAAAAAUACUAUGUUACUGUACUUAGCUUUUUUUUUAUUUGUACUUCAGUAUUUCCAACAGUUGCGAGUUUUAGUUCUCUUUUUUACUUUAGAACCAGACCUAAUACAUUUAAACUGACCAAUCAGCAGACCACCUUUAACCCCGCAAGUUGUGACCAUUUGCAGAGCCCCAAUGCACAAAUUCCUCAGCCAAUAGGCUGACAGAUCCCUAUUAGCACUCUCUGGAAUGCAAGAGAGUUGUUUUCAUAAGGAAUAGGGGGUUUUAACACAGAAAUGAAUUUCUUUGUAAAUUUUCAACCCUGCAAAUUUUUAGACAAAUAAAUACUUUUUGCUCUGAUACAGACCCUCUUGUUACUUAAUGUCAUGACUGGCUCAGAGCAGUGCCAAAUUAAAGGAGGACACAGUGAAUCGGUGUAGUUUAAGUACUUUGAAAUACACGGAUGAACAUUAUGACCACCUGCCUAAUAUGCUAUUGGUCCUCCGCGUGCCACCAAAACAGCACCGACCCGCUGAGGCAUGGACUCUACACGACCCCUGAAGGUGUCCUGUGGCAUCUGGCACCAAGACAAUAGCAGCAGAUCCUUCAAGUCCUAUAAGUUGCAAGGUGGAGCUGCCGUGGAUCGGACUUGUUUGUCCAGCACAUCCCACAGAUGCUCAGUCGGAUUGAGAUCUGGGGAAUUUGGGGGCCAGUGCAACACCUUGAACUCUUCAUCAUGUUCCUGAAACUGUUCCCGAACAAUCUGUGCAGUGUAGCAGGGUGCAUUAUCCUGCUGAAAGAGGCCGCUGCCAUCAGGGAAUACCAUUGCCAUGAAGGGGUGUACCUGGUCUGCAACAAUGUUUAGGUAGGGGGCACGUGUCAAAUUGACACCGGGUUUUCCAGCAGAACAUUACCUAGAACAUCACACUCCCUCCAACGGCUUGUCAUUUUCCCACAGUGCAUCCUGGUGCCAUCACUUUCCCAGGUAAACGGCACAUCAACGUCCACGUGAUGUAAAAGAAAACUUGACUCAUCAGACCAGGCAACCUUCUUCCACUGCUACAAGGACCAGUUCUGACACUUGCGUGCCCAUUGUAGGUGCUUUUGAUGGUGGACAGGGGUCAUCAUGGGCACUCUGACCGGUCUGCGGCUACACAGCCCCAUACACAGCAGGGUGCGAUGCACUGUGUGUUGUGACACAUUCCUCCUGUAACCAUUUUCUGUGACUUCUGCCACAGUAGACCUUCUGCAAGUUUGGACCAGACGGGAUAGCCUUCAUUGCCCUCGCGCAUCGAUGAGCCAUGGGCGCACAACACCCUGUGUCUGUGGUGUAGGCUAAUGCAUGGAUGUAAGUUUGUGUGGGUAACAAAAGCAGAAAACAAAACUCAUAUGAGGAAACAAAAAUAAUCAGCCUGAAACACGUUGAAAAUUUGACUGUACAGUUAAUUCUGUUGCCCUAAUACCACAGUUCGAUCUAUUUUCAAAAGAAUCACAAAGUGAAAUAUGAUUUCUGUAAGUCAUCAAAUACAAACGUCUCUUCUAUGCUCCGAUUACUAAAACUUUGUGCUUUUACUUUACAAAGUUCUCCAAAAAAAAUUUGCCAUUUUGUACUUGUCUGUGAUUUUGCUUGGCUGAAUAAUCUGAUGUUAUAUCUUAGAUGUCCAGUACAAAAUAUGCCAUCCAGAAGGAAAAGCAUGCAAAACAAAUCAUCAGAACAUAUGUUUUCGACUAUUGAUGAUAAAUAUAUCGUCACAAAGGGGAGGAUCUUGACUUUCUAGUCCACUCAGAGGCCGAGAUAUUCAAUGAAACAAUGAGGGUGGUGCAUGAACUGAAAAUUAAACUGAAUGUCUAUGGACGAGCACAUCUGUGAGGACUCAAAUGUGUUAGAGCACCACCUACAUUUCAGAUCUGUAUAUUGUGAUGGACUGUGAUAAAGCAAAUCUUAUUUCUAGUGCUUUCUGCCAUCUAGUGGAAUAAAAUGAGACUUUUCAAAGUGAGGUCUAGUGAACAGAACCAGAAUUACAUGUUUACAUAUUUAGGACAACAAAAAUCUUUAUUUUUAUUUCUGUUUAUCAAAAGACUAUAAACACAUACAAUAUUAUUCAUGAAUAAGCGGAGUCUUUUUUUUUAUUUGGGUGGUUCUCUGAAAAAUGAGACCAAUUUU